AGAGAUGGCGGCAGGCAGGUGUGUUAUUUGCCGCAAAGUGAAGAAGUGAUUUCCUCCAUGACUCUUAGUUAUCAUCCAAUAAUCUUGGCCAGAUUAAUUUCGAAGGGCCAUCAACUAGCAUGAGCACAAAUUGGCCACUGGAUUGCAGUGUGCGAAGCGAUGACAUCGUUGCGCUCUCUUGCCGGGCGAUAAAUUUGGCGGUGAAAUCUCCUUGGAAAUCUUGGAAUGACAGCCGAACAGGACUUUAGAGAGCAGUCAAACACCUCGGAAAUCGCUCUUCCUGACAAAUUAGCGAAAAUCAAGAAAGCUGAUGACUUCGCGGCGAUCAAGUACAAAUGGAACAGUAACGAGGAGGUUUUGUCUUUGUUAACAAGCCUUAGCAACCAUGAAACCUGGGUGACAAGAACAGUUCCUGACAGGCCUGAAAAUGGAUCCAUGUUUCUCUUUGAUCGAAGCAAGGUUAAGAAUUAUCGUAAGGAUGGUUAUACAUGGAAAAAGAGGAGGUCAGGAAAUACAAUAAGGGAGGAUCACACAAAACUAAAGGUCGACGGAAUUGAGUGUUUGAGUGUACUAUACACCCAUUCUGCCUUGGUACCAACAUUUCAUCGUCGCUGUUACUGGAUGCUGCAGAAUCCAAAAAUAGUACUGGUUCAUUACUUGAAUUUGGUGGAAGAAUGCAACAAACCCAUCACAGUUUCUGUGUACUCAUCGCCUGACAGCCGUGAUGACAUCUCACAACAGCUGGAAGCCAUCUAUUCGGGAGUUUCGUCGGAUGUAAAGCCUGAGGUUACGGUAACAGAGGAAAGUCCCCCCGGAUCACCGUCAUCUUCAGAAGAAGGCGAGAACUCGUCUUCCAAAGGCAAACGGCAGCGGAAACGGAACAAGGCGAUUUACAAAAUCUCCUUUUCUCCAAACAAGAGUUUUCAAGCCAAAGCUCGGGCUGAAAAACUGAACAUAAAAGUGAUCAAAGUGACUAAGAAUAACCAAGGUCGUUUGACCGUGACAGGACACAGAGAGGGUUCGCCAUCUUUGGAAGAGAAUGCGUUCCAUGAAGGGAAUGAUUCGGGCACAGUUGAUGACGUCACGUGCCAGGCAGCCGUCACCCCAAGUAAUGGUCACGUGUUCGUCACCAGUCCUUCAAGCUUUUCGCAGCACCAGCCUUUAAGAGACAUUUCUAUACUUUCGGUAGUGCCCAUGGUAACGCAUCCUUCGAUGUCCACAUUAUCGUACCAGGUACAAAACUCUCUUGGAGACAAAGGAUGUGGGGCAACGAAUGUUCCGACCACAUCAACUUGCCAAUUUCUUCCAGAAAAUCACAUGUCGAAUGCGAUCCCUAUCAGUCCGCUCUCAGGAGAGACGAAUCACAGCGCUGGCAUCCAGUGGAAUUCGAUCGUUUUGAAUCCUCGCGUUGCAGAGUUAGGUUCAAGUCCCUCUAGCGACUAUGGCAGCUAUAUGUCUGAUGCUGGCGCCCGGCUCAGUUUCUCUGGGUCAGAUUCCAUGAGUGCUGGUCUUCCAGGGCAAAAUAUUCAAGAUUCCGGGCAUGCGCUGUUCGACGGCCCUUUUCGUGUACCACUCCCUGUGGAACGAGAGUCCCGACAGCAUUUGACUGAUUCAGCAAAAAGUGACGAAGGGGCACCCCCACAGGGCCAGGAACCGUUUCCGGGGGGGCCACAAUCUGGUGGAAAUGAUGUAUCCGUGGACAUGACAAAUUUGUCGCCUUUGGAAUCACUUGCGUUCGACGACAUGUUUGACUGUGAUCUUAGCAAUGUGAUUCCAGAUUGUUUUCCGGACUGCAUGAGCGCGUCGUCACCCAAGCAAAGUAGUGAUGGUCUGACAGCUUCCAUUGGGAGCCCGAAGUCGAGUUAUGCCUCUAGUACUUGUACUACAUCGCAGCUCUCUUCCAGUCCAUACUCUUCCGCUAACCAAGAACAAACCUCUUGUUUCUCUCAAAUGACAACUUCCGGUCUGUCAUCUACUACGUCUUAUGUAUUUGUGAAGCCUGUUAGUCCAGUGCGAUCCACGGUGGUGACGUCAUGUUUCGUUAACGUCAAUGAGAACACACUUGAAUCAUCAUCCGGGGCAGUUGUAAGUGAAGCAAGCACUCAGACCUCUCACAAUGGCAUUCAAGUUUGUAGUGAAGUAAACAUGGCAGAUGAUUCCAUUAAUCGUACUGUUGCUCAACCAACGGCAAAUGAGGUUUGCCUGAUUCCUUCUCCUGUUCAUGGUUUUGCUCAGCAAACUAGCACUCCGGCCACAAGUGACUUAAAUAAUAAUUCCUCGCGCGCACUCCCCACGGGUAACACAGCUGACAAUUUCUCCACGCCUGUAGGGAAUCGGGUCGUUCCAGUCUCGGCGCGAAUUACCGAUUUUUCCCCCGAAUGGUCUUACCCCGAGGGUGGGGCUAAAGUACUUAUCACUGGCGAGUGGAGGAUGGAGCAAGGUUCGUACACUUGCUUGUUCGAUGGUUGUAGCGUGCCCGCGAUUUUAUACCAGUCUGGUGUUUUGCGAUGCUUCUGUCCUCCUCACGACCCAGGCCUGGUCACCUUGCAAGUCGCUUGCAAUGGUUUUAUCGUCAGCAACGCUUGUGUGUUUGAGUAUCGUGCGCGUGACUCACCCGUGGUGGGAGCUAGCUGUCACGAGUGGCUCGCCACUGAUAAUGACCGGUUUAAGCUGGCUAUACUUGACCGCCUUGAGAGAUUAGAAUCCAGAUUCCACUCGAACCAGACGAGCAAUUCCGCAAACGACACACAACACGGAAAACAAUGCGCGACUUUUGAAGAUCGACUCAUCGUCGCUUGUGAAUUUUUCCACCGAACCAUAAGCUCUGCUAUAAACGCCCCAACAAAGGGGGAUAAGCCAUUCAGAGGAAUGACUCUUCUACACUUAUCCGCUGCGCUGGGUUUUAACCGGCUGAUAUGCACACUGUUAAAGUUAUGGCGUGAGAGUGAAAGCCAGCUUGUCAGAGAGGAAAUGAACCCGCUCAGGAAGGACGAAUUUGCUUGCACUCCGCUGACUUGGGCAUGCGCUCUUGGUCAGACAGACACUGCCCACCCGCUGUUAGAGGCCGAACCGAAGGCUUUAUUAGAGCCCGAUGCGCGAGGUCGUAUGCCUUUGCAGCUAGCUAGGGAUAGAGGCUUCUUAGACGUGGUUGAUCUGAUUGAAGACUAUGUGAUGUCCUCUCCAUUCAGUCGUUCAGUUCUCGGAAUGGACCGUGAUUCUGACGGAACCCCAUCGCCAAUGGCCUCAUCGUGUGACUCUUUACUGACUCCUGUCCCGGCCCCUAAUUCUUGCUCGUUGUUACCAGUUCCUGUGGAUGCUGACAUGGUUGACCGAGCAAACUCGCCAAUGGUCGUUGAUGAAAACAAAUUGGAGCCUCAAUUAAGUAGAAAACCAGCUAAGACUCUGGCAAAAACAUUGGUGCAUAUACGUUCGAUGAUAAACGAGGCAGAACAGGAGGCAGAGCUAAAUCACCGGAUAUCCGCUCAUUUAUCUCCGUUACACGAAAACUCAGAACUCAUUACAUCCGGGACUUGGGGACCGGCAGCCAGGCUGCGCACCUUCAGCUCGGCCUCUUCCCAAUCUUCCCCUUUGACGCCAUGCUCUUCCAAGUCUUCCCUCUCCCCAGGUUCUCCCGUCUUUCUUAACUCGCCCCAUUCCUCUCCUUCUGGACCAGACACGACUGAAUUUCAGGAGUUCAUUUCAAGUUCUCGUAAGCUGUUGGAAAGAGAUUUUUCGGAUCUCACGUUAACAGAUCGUGAGCAGUGGGAACUCUACGAAGCAGCCAAGAUCAUCCAGAAUGCCUACAGAAAUUACAAGACAAGGCGCCACCAACAGGAGCAGGAAAUAGAAGCUGCCAUACUGAUUCAGCACCAUUAUCGUAGAUAUAAAGAGUUUAUCGCGUUCAAAAAAAUGACCCGCGCAGCUCGGAUAAUUCAGAGCCAGUACCGUACAUACCGUGAACACGAAAGGUUCAAGAAGAGUCGACGGGCAGCCGCCAUUAUACAGAAUACUUUCAGAAGUUAUCGGGAAAGAAGACGUUCGUCACAGAGGCGACGAGAAGAGAGAAUAAACAAACGACAAGAGGCUCGCUACAUGCAAAAAGUAUCCAACAGAUCCAAAGAUAACACGCAUAGCCAGAUGUAACAAUUUCUUUUUCUUUGAAAGUGAGUAAUACUGGAAUAGCUGGGAUCCGGUUUGCAGUUCCCUGGAAGUGUUUAAAAGAGCGGAAUGUCAUUGGUGGAAAGCAGUGAGAUCAACAAUAACCUUCUUGACCAGUUCGUGUUUUAACAGAGUAGCUAUUCAUACAUUAAUAAUUUAUUAAUUAAUUUGUAAUCUCGGUGGAGAAGUUAGCCCUUUUCUGUGGCGUUUUCCAAUUUAUGGAAAUAUUUAUUCAAGUGAGAGUGGUUUUAAUUUAUGAAAAAAAUCUGUUCAAUGUACUCCCCUUCCACCGACCGUGGCCGAACGCUGAAAUCUUUUCGUCAAAAUGUUGCCUCUUAAAGUUGCGAAAAGUGAGUGAGAUGUUUAAUUUUUUAGUUGUCACGUGGUAUUGAGAGUGGUCAGUUUGGCCAAUCGUAUGUCUUUGCUUUUAUCACGUGAUGAGUAGCAUAGUGAUACGCAUGUACCCGUAAUAUGGGCUUUUUCUAGUCGGUGUGGGAAUAACUUGUUUACAAGGUGUAUUUUUGCGUUAUUUUUUUUAAGAAUUGCACAUUGUUUGGGUAUA